UAUAUUUCCGCUCGUUUUCUCUUUUUAUAUUUUGCUUAACCGACGUCGUUUCACACCGUCCUGCGGCGUCUUCUUCGACCUAGACGGGUAAACCUCUCCUUGCCAUAAACCCUAGUAAUAUCCAUUCAUUCCACUAACGUAGAACAUCAUCACUGGCGCAAAUCCACUACUACGUCAACCGGAUUAAAACUCUACCUCCAUGGCCGAGUCAGUGUUCGAUGGCGGCCUACCCGCGACGAUUCAAGAGGAACCACAGGUAUUGAGCUCAAACGGAGCUCAUCAAACGCCAGAGGAACUCGUGGCCAAGGCCAUAGCUCCGAUUAAGAGAGAGUUCCUUCGUCCGCCUCCUACCAGAACCAUUAACCAAAACGUCUCCGUAUCGAACGCCAAUGCCAAAGCCCCUCAGUCUGGCUUAGUCAGGGAGAAGAAGUCCAGACGGCAACUCAAACGAGAGCGCCGUCAGGAACGGCAAUCUGCUCUCAAUCUCUGUCCGGAGGUGGCAAAGACUGGUAACGUUAGUUCCUGUUCAUAUGGUGAUAAGUGCCGCUCCAGCCAUGAUGUAGAAGCUUUUAAAGCUCAGAAACCUGCUGACAUAGAGGGAGAGUGCCCAUUCGUUAGCAGGGAAGGGCCAUGCCCUUUUGGCUUGGCCUGUAGGUUUUCUGGGACUCAUAAAGAUGGUGAUCCCUCUAUUACUUCUACUGAGGGGAGGAGAAGCGCUGAGAUCAAUGGAUUGAACAAAGAUGUACAGAAGCUUUUGUGGAAGAAUAAAAUGAAAUUUUCCAAGGCAGAUGCUGUACUAAAAUCGCUAGGGCUUUUGGGACACAAAAAUUGUAAAGGCAAAUUGUCAAAAGAAAAGGAGGAAAACGGUCAAAUUGUUUCCAAGGAUUCUGAUGUUAUUGAUGAAAAUGAUGUCACUCAAAUGGCAGCAGACUCAGAUCCUUCCCUUGUAGCAGAAGAUAAUAAUCCAGAUGGAGUAUCAGCAUCUAAUGAGCAGAGGCCCCUAAAGAAGGCAAAAUCUGUUGCCAAUGAUGAGUCUAGCAUCACUGAAGUGGAUAAUGAUGUGAGUAUGCCAGUGAAUGAUGUUGAGAAAAUUUGUAUACCGUCUGAACCAGAAACUGUGAUGGAUGCACUCCCAGAAAGUGAUAAAAGUCUAAAACCACACCAUCGGGAGAAAAAGCUUAUUGAUUUCAAAGGGAAGUUGUACCUGGCACCUCUGACCACUGUUGGAAAUCUUCCUUUUCGAAGGCUUUGCAAAGUUCUAGGUGCAGAUGUAACAUGUGGUGAAAUGGCAAUGUGUACAAAUCUUCUGCAGGGUCAAGCUUCAGAAUGGGCGCUUCUGCGGCGGCAUUCUUCUGAGGACUUCUUUGGUGUACAAAUUUGUGGGGCAUAUCCAGACACUGUGGCACGGACAGUGGAGCUUAUAGACCAGGAAUGUACGGUGGACUUCAUCGAUAUAAAUAUGGGAUGCCCAAUUGACAUUGUUGUUAAUAAGGGAGCCGGGUCGGCUCUUCUUACGAAACCAAUGCGUAUGAAAAGCAUUCUAGAAGCAUCUUUUGGCACUGUUGGCAAGCCUAUUACUGUCAAGGUGCGGACAGGUUAUUUUGAAGGGAAGAAUCGUAUUGAUUCCUUAAUUGCAGAUAUUGGCAAUUGGGGAGCCACUGCUGUAACAAUACAUGGUCGAACACGUCAACAACGCUACAGCAAGCUUGCUGAUUGGGACUACAUAUACCAAUGUGCCAGAAGGGCUCCUGAUACUUUAGAAGUCCUUGGAAAUGGGGAUGUUUUCUCAUAUUUAGACUGGAAUAAGCGCAGGACCGAUUGUCCCGAGCUCUCGUCAUGCAUGAUUGCUCGAGGAGCACUUAUUAAGCCCUGGAUAUUUACUGAAAUCAGGCAACAGAGGCACUGGGAUAUCAGUUCUGGUGAAAGAUUUAAUAUUUUGAAGGAUUAUGUGCGUUUUGGCCUUGAGCAUUGGGGUUCUGAUUCAAAAGGAGUUGAGACAACCAGGCAUUUCUUGUUGGAAUGGCUUAGCUACACUUGUAGAUAUAUACCUGUAGGUUUGUUAGAUGUCAUCCCGCAACGGCUUAAUUGGCGCCCGCCUGCCUACUAUGGUCGUGAUGACCUUGAAACCCUAAUGGCAUCUGAUUCUGCCUCUGACUGGAUUCGAAUAUCCGAGAUGUUGCUUGGCAAGGUCCCAGAUGGCUUUACUUUUGCACCAAAACAUAAAUCCAAUGGGUAUGAUCGAGCAGAAAACGGUUAAUUUUAUACCAUUCUGUAAUAAUCACAUAUUUCAUGAUGAUUUCAAGGAUGCUGUAUGUUUUGAGAUGGCGUGUACGCUAUGUUACCCACCCUGAUUUUAUUUAUUCUGAUUCCAACUUUGAAAAGCAAGUUGGCUGUUGACAUUAGUAACCAUCUUUUAAGAACCGAACAGAACAGAGAGCUUUUGACA